AUGAAGGACAUCUUCGUUGUGAGAAGAACCGCGCUGCUUCUCAUCUCCGAUGGAUCAGUGCUUCUGACGGAGAGGUCGCAGGUUCUGAAGCACUGGGUCGAGCUCUUCAGGUGCGUCUUCAACCGUCACUCUACAAUCUCCGACGGCGACAUCUACCGGCUCCCCCAAGUGGAAAUCAGCAUUGACCUGAAUCUCCCGCACUCUCUCCCAGAAGCCAUCCGAACCGUGCAGCAGCUGUCCAGCGAGAAAACGUCUGACUCCCAUGGGAUUCCAGCUGAAAUCUACAAACACGGUAGCCACUGUCUAGUGGAUCACCUCACAGCGUUCCUCCAGCAGAUGCGGCGCUGCGGACAGGUCUCUCAGGACUUUAUGGACUCGACAGUAACUCACCUCUACAAGCGAAGAGGAGAUCGGCAACUAUGGGACAAUCGCAGAGGUAUCUCGCUGUUGAAAAUCGACGGGAAAGUCUUCCCUCGCAUCCUCCUCAACUGCUCCAACGGUCAUCUGGAACAAAGGCCUCUUCCGGAGAGUCCGUGUGCAUUCCGGCGACAGCGCCCAACCACCGUCACGAGCUUCGCCGCCGGCCAGCAGCAAAAGAAGUGCCAGGAGAUGAGGACUCACCUCUGUACCACAUUCGUAAACCUCAGACUAGCCUUCGACCAAGUGGAUCGCUAG